CUGCCACUUCCUUCUCACUUGGCUGUCUGUGGUUUGAUAACAAGCGGACAGCUGCAUUUGAAGAAAACCAAAAAAAUGUGAGAGAAAAGUCAGUGCAUCAGCUCUGCAAAGAAGCACAGAGGUUGCAGAGAAGCAACAGACUAGUGAUGGAGCCACAACAGAUCAGAGAGGGAUACUUGGUGAAAAAGCGCACACUGUUGAACUACUGGACUACCGUGUGGGUGGUGCUGUCUGAAGACGGGCUGGAAUUCUACAAGAAGAAAACAGACCAGUCUCCCAAAGGGAUGAUCCCCCUGAAGGGGGCCACACUCAUCAGCCCUUGUCAGGACUGUGGCAACAGAACAUUGGUGUUCAAGAUCACUACGCACAAGAAACAGGAGCAUUUCUUCCAAGCGUCGCACGUGGAGGAGAGGGAAUUGUGGGUGAAGGACAUCAAGAGGGCCAUUCAGUGCCUGCAAGGGGGCAAGAGGUUCGCCAGGAGGUCCACCAGACGCUCCAUUCGCCUGCCCGACACGGUCAACUUGACUGAGCUGUACACUAAGCUGAGAGACCAAGAUGAAGGCGUGAAGGAGUUGAAACUGGAGCGAGAGAACAGAAUCUUCAACCACUGCUUCACUGGUUCCACGGUGGUGGAGUGGCUCAUUUCCAAAGAGAAAGCCAGGAACAGGCCCGAGGCGCUCAUGUUAGCCACGGGGCUCCUGAACGAGGGGUUCUUGCAGCCCGCUGGCGAUCUUUCCAAGGAGGGAGCGGUGAGCGGGGAGAAGUCCAUCUUCCUGGAUCAGACCGAUGCUUUUUACUACUUUGCUGACAGCGGCUUCUUCUGUGAAGGCUACUCCAGUGAUGAGGACACUCUUGUCAAGGAAGAGUUCAGAGGGAAUAUCGUUAAACAAGGCUGUUUGCUGAAACAGGGCCACAAGAGAAAAAACUGGAAAGUCCGUAAAUUUAUUUUGAGGAAUGACCCUGCCUUUAUGCAUUAUUACGAUCCCACCAAGGGUGAUGAUCCCCUGGGGUCCAUCUAUCUGCGAGGUUCCGUGGUCACAGCUGUGGAUUUCGUGCCUGACGCUAAAAGAUACGACGUGGAUGGCAACCUCUUUGAGAUCAUCACAUCUGAUGAAACGCACUACUUCCUGCAGGCGGCCACUGCCGAGGAGAGAAAGGAGUGGAUCGAAGCCGUGCAGGAGGUGUCCAAAAGUGGAAAGUAAAAUUGAUCUGCAGUCACGAGUUAAUGGAUGGACUUGCUCAACAGCAAAGAGAAAAAGUAUCAGUAUUUUCCCACUUAGUCACAAAAAAAUCAUACGCAACUUAAAGGUUGUAUUCUUUUCAUUUGAAAUUUUUUUGUCAUAGGAGCACUGUGUCUAAGUAGACUUCCAACCACAUGUUUAGUUUCUCAUUUCAACUUUCAUCAAGUUAAAGAUUGUGCUUCUUGUCAUAUAAACACAUGCAUUUUCACAGUUCCUGGUUGGGGAUGUGGGAGUGUAUUAACACGUCAGUGUCUGCUGCUUAGUCUAUAUUAGUGAUUAAAUGGCGCUUGAGCUGCUCUGUAUUAAAUAUAUUUAAUAUUUCCAUGGAAUAAAUGUAUUCUUUUGUUUGUUUGGUUUUUUCUUCUUCAUUUUUUGGCAAUGUAUAUUUCAGUAAUAACUAAAUUCACCACAUAUUUUGAUGGUCUGUGGUCAUAUGUCCACUUUGUACUUGCAAUGCCACAUUUAUUAAAAAUGAAAAUGUGUAACCUAAAA